AUGGCUUCUCAACCUCCCCCCAAAGGGGGCAUGAUGUCGCUGUACGCCAACUUGCUUGAUCCCGCUUCAGAUAACGGCUCAACCCCUGGCACUAUCUCGCGUGCUCCUGUUGUAUUUAAACAAUCCGGCGAAAACGCUUCUCUACGGUUUCAACCUACCAAAAGACCUCAGUUGGCUUCCCAGAAGACUAAGGCUAAACCCGGCAUACCCAAGGCACCCGUCGUGGGUUCCGCUGUGGGAACAUCUCCUGUGUCUGGAAUAGCCGUCAAACCUCCCACAAAAACGUCACUUGCGGAUUGGGCUGCAACGGCCGAAGAGGAUGACGUGAACGGGUUUUAUGGAGGGGAAAAACGACAGCGGGGCGGCCGUAAAAAGCGCAAGAAGCACCGCGAGGAAACAAACCUGCAGAACUGGGAUGAUAUUUACGACCCAUCGCGACCUAAUAGCUACGAAGCAUAUAGACAUAGCGAGGAGAAAAUUCGAGAAGUUCGAGAAUGGAAAGACCGUCUGCCUCAACUUUGCGCCUCCUCCAAAUCUUAA